CCCCGUGGAGACGGCAACAGUGUGAGGGAGAAGGGUCGUCUGCAGGUGUCAGUGUGUGUCACGGGAAGGGCUACUAGUCGCACGAGGAAGAAGGGGGCGGGACACUAAUGUAUUAAUUUGUGUGUAUGUGUAUGUGUGUACGUGUGUGUCUGUAAAUAUGUCGGGGAAAGUGAUCCGAGGCCAGCGCCUGGAGACGGAGAUAGAGCGGAGCAGGGAGGAGUCCAACUGGAAGAAGGUGAUAGAGCUGGCGGAGCACCUCAAGUCCAGGAACCAGCCAGGACUAGAAACUCUUGCCAACUUCCUUAUUGGAGAGGGGAAGCUCGAGUCAUACCUUGAGGAAAAUCCUCCAACAGAAGCCAACAUAUCCAAGGCGAAGACUGGUCUGGCAGAAGCUCGAAAGUACCUACUUAUGUGUAUUGGGGAGCCAGCCAAGAAGCUGGAGGUGUCCCUGGAUGCUCUGCUGCUGCUGUCUAAACUGGAGUAUGCCAUGGGGGACUAUGAAGGGGCUCUGGGCCGCCUUUCAGCUGCUGGCCUUGACCAACUUACUGAGAAGAGUCUGCCGACCCGCUCCCUUAGAAUUGUUGCCGAGUCUUAUGCCAUAAAGGGACUAUGCUCAGCGCUUCAACCCAGAAACAGUUUGUGCUCUGAACGGAUUCCUCUGCCUAACAACAGCAAAUAUCAGAGGGCUGAGAAGAAUGAAAAGAUGAUUCGAUGUUUUGAAUUGGCUGGUGACCUGACGCUGCUGUACCUACAAGAACAAGAUAAAUUAACCUCUACACCCUCUACUCACUCUCUCCAGUCUCUCCCCACUACCACUACCACAGGGUCCACCUCUCCUCUACCCCCAAAUGGCCUGGAGAAUAAGAAAAUUGGUGUCAUUUUGGAGACGGCUCUGCAGCGUGCUCCCAUUCUGUACAUGAAGGCAGGACAGCUGGAUAAAGCAAUCAGCAGAUACAGGAGUAUGCUCUGUGCAGUGGAGUCCUCAGCUACCCAACACUUGCGGCUGACCCUGGCCCGACAACUGGCAGAGGUGCUGCUGCGUGGCUGCUCAGAGCAUGCCUACAAAGCCCCAACAGGUAAGAGAUGGUGCUUAUGGCACUGUUAUAAAUUGUGGCAUUUAGCAGAGUAUUAGAAUGUAGUUACUGCA